AGAAUUCUUCCUGUUUUCCGUCUCCAGAGAGGAGCGAAAAGGUCGAAGAACAGAGUGAAGAGCCGCGAAUUACGGAGAGAACAAUCGUAGUGUUCAAUCGGAGUUCAAGGAUCUAGGUUUUUUCUUCUCUCUCUCCGUCGUGUCGGCGAUCGUGGUAGUGUUAGAUGGCAACUCCUCGGUCGGGGAGAUUCGCGGUGACGAGGGGUUUGUCGGUCACGCCUGGGUCUAGGAUUUUGAAGAGCUCGCUGAGCGAUGAAGCCCUGUGGAAUCGGCUCAAAGAGGCUGGGUUUGACGAAGAAUCGAUCAAGCAGAGGGACAAAGCCGCUCUCAUCGCUUACAUCGCUAAGCUGGAAUCCGAGGUGUAUGACUACCAACACAACAUGGGCCUUCUUCUGUUGGAGAAAAAGGAGUUGAUAUCAAAGUAUGAGGAGGUUAAGGCCUCUGCGGAAGAGGCAGAACUAUCACAUAAGCGUGAUCAAUCUGCAUAUGCCUCUGCUUUGGCUGAAGCAAGGAGACGGGAAGAGAGUUUGAAGAAAGAUUUAGGGAUUGCGAAAGAAUGUAUUGCUAGUUUGGAGAAGACUUUGCAUGAAAUGCGUGCAGAAUGUGCCGAGACAAAAGUUGCUGCUGCGAAUAAAUUGUCUGAAGCUCAAAUCAUGAUCGAAGAUGCUCAGAAGAAAUAUGCAGAAGCUGAAGUGAAGAUACGUGCAGCAGAAGCUUUACAAUCAGAAGCUACCCGCUGUCAUCGGAUUGCAGAGAGAAAGCUGAAGGAAGUUGAAGGGCGUGAAGAUGAUCUUGCUAGGCGGCUUGCAUCUUUCAUAUCUGAGUCUGAAGCUAAAGAGAAAGAAGUUAUUCUGGAAAGGCAAACUUUAAGUGAAAGGCAAAAGAGUUUCCAGCAAGAGCAUGAGAGGUUAUUGGAAGCACAAGUUUCACUGAAUCAAAGAGAAGAACACAUAUUUGGUAGAUCACAAGAAUUAGCACAACUUGAAAAGGAAUUCGAGUCUGCAAGGACCAAGCUUGAGGAGGAACAUAGAGCCUCAAGGGACAAGAAAUCAGAUUUGGAGCUUGCUCUGGCUUCCAUGGAAAGAAGAGGAGAGGCUGUCUUUGAGAGAGAAGCUUCAUUGAACAAGAAGGAGCAAGAGCUGCUUGUUGCUCAAGAAAAACUUGCGAGCAAGGAAUCUGAACUAGUUCAGAAGGUCUUAGCCAAUCAGGAAAAUAUUCUGAGGAAGAGAAGAACUGAAGCUGAAGCAGAAUUGGAAAGUAAGCACAAAUUGGCGGAAGAUGAAAUUGAGAGCAAAAGACGAGCUUGGGAAUUAAGAGAGGUUGAUAUCAGUCAACGAGAAGACCUAGUUAGUGAAAAGGAGCAUGAAUUGAAAGUUCAAUCGAAGGUCCUGGCAGAGAAAGAAAAAGAUGUAACAGAGAGGUUUAAUAUUCUUGACGAGAAAGAAAAGAAAUUGAGUGUUACAGAGAAAGAAUUCAACCUUAAGGCAUCCCUUCUGGAGAAUGAGAAGGAAGAGAUUAGCAAAAUGAGACUAGAUCUUCAACACUCUUUGUCUUCGUUAGAAGCCAAGAAAAAGCACGUUGAUUGCACAACGGAGAAGCUCGAAGCCUUGAAGAGUGAGACAAGCGAAUUAACAAUUCUGGAAAUGAAACUCAAGGAAGAGCUGGAUGCUGUGAGGGCUCAAAAGCUUGAAUUGAUGGCUGAAGCUGAUAGAAUGAAGGUAGAGAAAGCCAAGUUUGAAGCUGAGUGGGAGCACAUUGAUGUGAAGAGGGAAGAGCUUAGAAAAGAAGCAGAGCAUAUUGCUCGUGAAAGAGACUCUUUAUCCAGGUAUCUGAAGGAUGAACGUGAUAAUCUCAGACAAGAGAGGGAUGCAUUGAGAAAUCAGCACAAGCAUGAUAUGGAAUUACUGAAUCAUGAGCGUGAAGAAUUCAUGAAUAAGAUGGUGCAUGAACAUUCUGAGUGGCUUAGCAAAAUUCAGCGAGAGCGUGCUGAACUCCUGUUGGGUAUUGAGAUGCAGAAGAGGGAGCUGGAAUACUGUAUUGAGAGGAAACGAGAAGAAUUAGAAAAUAACAUGAGGGAGAGAGAGAAGGCUUUCGAGCAGGAGAAGAAGUCGGAAUGCGAACGUAUCCAGUCCCACAAGGAAAUGGCAGAAAAAGAAUUGGAACAGGUCACUGUGGAAUUAAGGAGACUGGAUGCUGAGAGGUUGGAGAUCAAAUUGGAUCGUGAACGGAGGGAGAGAGAAUGGGCUGAGUUAAAGGAUUCGGUUGAAGCGUUACUGGUUCAAAGAGAAAAGCUACAGAAGCAAAGGGAACUGCUUCGUGCUGAAAGAGAAGAAAUCCAACGUGAGGCUGAAGAACUCAAGAAGUUGGAAAAUCUGAAAGGGGCCUUAGAUGGUAUGUCCAUGGCUAAGAUGCAGAUCUCUAAUUUAGAGCGGAGCUUGUCUAAGGUUUCUGCUUUGAAGCAGAAGAUUGCCAUCCGGGAUGAGGAACCCGAUUUACAGAAUGAGGUUGGAGCCGUGAAUAAUGGUAAUGGUCAUAACUCUUCUAUGCAACAAAGACAGAAUGAUUCGUCUCUGUCAGCCUCUACUCCAUUGUCAUGGAUAAAUCGAUUCCGCAAACUGGUUUCGAAGAAUCCUGCAGAGAAAUCUUCCCUGCAGCAAGAAGGAAGGCAUUUGUUAGAUUCAUUAAAAAGAGAUGGCGAGAACGGCAAGCCAGAAAAGAUUCACAGUAAGGAACCAGUUGAGGCUGGUGAAAGGCUUAAAGGUGGAAGGAAAAGAAGAGUUGAUACAUCAGGCAAUGGCACAACUAACCCAUCUGUAAUGCAGUUCGGGAAUGGUAACAAGAGGAGGAAACAAGAUGACAUCCUCAGUACAUCACUUGAAGUUGACUCUCAGAGUGUAAUAUCAAGUCCCCCGAAAAUGGCUGAGGACAGACAUGAACUGCCAUCAUCAAGCCAAACACGGACAAGUGCUAGGGAGAGCGGCGUGUUAGUGAUCAGCGACGUGGUGAAAAUCACGAAACUGAGUUGUGAAACGUUGGUACUUGACAGCAUUCCGGAUCCCGACAAUGUUGAAUGCUCGGAAAAUCCUGUGGUAGGUUCCAACGCUACGGAUUUCGUUGAUGGCACUUGUCGAUCUGCAUCUGAAGCAGAAGGUGGCCAACCUGAUGAUGAUUUCAGUCAGACCCUGGACACGGGAAUUUAAAAGCAUGGGCAUUAUGUGGCUGCAUCUGGUAACAGAAAGGACAAGGCGGAAGGCAAUAACGCCAUCACAUGAGACAGAAGUAGUUCCGCUCCGUCCUGUCCCCAUUGUAGGAUAGCUUACUUCUCUUUCAUCAACAGGAAAUGCUUAUAAGAAACUCUGCAACCUUUCAAAUCUUUUUUUUUAAAAAAAAUUGGAUCGAAGUUUGUAAAUGAUGAUAUGGUUGAUGAAAAUCCGGUCUGUUGUGAUGCACAGAGUAGCAAGUGGCAGAUUUAGGGUUUAAAAGUAGCCUAAUAGUUAACGGUCCGAGGUUUGUGCAUUAUUCAAGUGUGUGUUUUUUUAUUUGUGCACCGCGGUUUGUUUUGAUGUUAUGCUUUGCUUAUUACGAAUGCGUGGUUUCUUAGGCUCUGUUUGUAAUCUUUUUAUAAAGGGAAAAAACCCUAAAAAUUUCUGAACUUGUA